UAUGCUAAAGUAGCACUUACUAUUCAACAUUUUAGUUUUGGCAUUCAAUUGGACACAUUCACAAACAUGCUUCGUUCAAUUUCUAUUUUAAUCGUAUCGCUUUGCCUGUUGGUGUCAUUUGUGCAACCAUAUGAUGUGGAGCAAUUACCAUCACCGCAAUGUGGAAACAGCAAGAAUCCACAUUGGGAUCAAAAUACUCGAAGUUUAUACUAUGUUGAUGUUGUCGCUUCCAAGUCGUAUCUUUUACGCUAUGAUUAUGACGAAAACCGUGUUUAUCAAGCAACCAUUGACAAUGCAACAACUUUAGUGUUUAUGUUACCAAUUGAAGGUGCUCCAAACCAUUUUUUGGUUGGAAUAGAUCUUAAAGCAGUUACCGUUUUCUGGGAUGGACGAUCACCAAAAGCUGUCGUUAAUUCGACAUCAGUUUUUGAAAUCGAUGAAGAUUCAUCACAUCGUAUAAAUGUGGUUAAAACAGAUCGAUUUGGUCGAUUCUAUGGUGGUAGUUCAACAAUGAAAUCAUGUGCUACGGUUACUGUUGAAACGGCCGCAUUUUAUAAAUAUACCAAAAGUACGGGUUUAAUUAAAAACUUUGGCGAUGUGUUGCGUUCGAAUGGACUUACAUGGAAUCGAUCAAGUAACAAAUUUUACUAUGCCGACUCAUGUGACUAUAAUGUCGUUGAAUUUGACUGGGAUCCAGACACUGGCAAUUUAACCAAUGGCACUGAAAUUUUUUCACUUGCUGAAUAUGACACAAAGCCGGGCUCUGUCAUCGAUGGAAUUACAGGUGAUUUAGAUGGAAAUAUCUAUAUGGCUAUAUAUGGUGAUAACCAAAUUAUAAAACUCAAUCCCACAACCCGAGAAGUAUUGCUGAAGAUAGAUAUGCCGAUGAAUCAAAGUGUGGGUGUAGAAUUUGGUGGACCGAAUUUGGACAUCUUGUUUGUAACGACGCGUUACAUUGAUGGAAAGCAACCAAAUGGCUCUGGUCAUUUGUUCAAAAUUACUGGAUUAAAGACAACUGGGCACGCAGGUGUAAAAGUCGAUCUUUCAUAAUUCCUGAAUUGUGUUUUUUGGAACUAAAGUUCGCAGCUUUCUAAGCAUUUUUUAAAAAUAAUGAGUGAAAAAAUAAAUUACACACUUUAUUUCGUUCCAUUGUUGAUGUUUAAAAGAAAUUAUUUAAAACGGGUAAUUCAAAUAUUUCAAUUUUGAAGUCAACCCAUGAGAAUUGUAUGCAUUUAUGACAGUAAAAUUGAAAAUGUCAGAUUUCAAGUUUCGGUUGAUUGAGCCAAUUCUUCUAAUUCCCACGAGAAACUA